ACCAAGCUUGUCUGAACAGACUUCAUGCGUCAUAGAAACGAGUAGGGAGUAAUAUUUCCAUUGAAGAAUCUCGACUGGCAUGACAAGUUGAAUAUUGGACUAGUAUUAAUAUCGAAAGAGAAUUUCGAGAGGAGAGAUCAUCGCGAGUGUAUCAGUCGAGGAGAAACGGUCGUGCGGUGUGGAAAUAGUAAUAAGUUAUAAACUUAUGGCAACGCGUAUGACAUCGUGAGAAUUGUAGUGUCGACAGAAGAGGACGAAGAAGAAGGGGUGAAAAACAUCGCGUAAGGACGCGUAGCGUGAAGUUGUUUUUUUUUGGGAGGUCCACUAACAACAACAAUCAACAAAUUUGGUAAAAGAAAGUAAAAUUAUGUGGAUGUAUCGGACUUCUUGUGAAAAAGUUCGAGGUCACAGUUGGCGUUUGACAGGCAGGCCUUCGGCGUCUUCAACGAUGUCACUUGGAUCAACCUUUUUUAUUCUGAUAUCCUUGUCCUGGAUUGCGUGCGUUGUAAACAGCGCAGAUACCGAUCAUUGUAUCUGGCAUGGGGAAUGUUACAAAGAUGUAUCUACACAUAUCAAGAACUGCCAUUAUACUGGUCCUGCUCUACCAUUAGACGAUGAAGGACAAAAAUUACUUGCAGAACAAUGUCCGCAUUUAAUAACAGAUCUAAACAAACCAACUAAUACUUGUUGCGAUAUUAAACAAUUAGAAACAUUAAAGCAGAAUGUUAAACUGGCAGCAAACUUUUUGAAACGUUGUCCUAGUUGCUUAGAUAAUUUAUCUAAACAUUUCUGUGAAUUUACUUGUAGCCCUCAUCAAAGCAGUUUUAUAAAUGUCACAGAAGUAUUGAAAGAUGAUAAGGGUACCGAAUAUGUAAAUCAAAUAGAUGUAUAUAUAUCUAACAAGUAUCUAGAUGGAACUUAUAAAUCUUGUAACAAAGUAUCAGUUCCGAGCACGGGUCAACUUGCUUUAGAUAUCAUGUGUGGGGAAUGGGGCUCGAGUCGAUGUUCUCCACAGAAGUGGUUCCAUAAUAUGGGCGAUGCUGCAAAUAAUCUUUAUGUUCCUUUCCAAAUUACAUACAUCAAUACGGAUAAUCCUAUUGGUCCAUUCAAACCAAUGGAUCCAAAAGUCACCCCUUGUAGCAAACCAUUGAAUGCCCAAACUCCAGCAUGUAGUUGCGUCGAUUGCGAAGAUAGUUGUCCAGUUCCAAAGCCGCUUCCUCAACCUCCAGGACCAUUCAGUCUUUUUGGUUACGAUGGAUAUGAAGUUACUAUGAUAAUAAUAUUCAUUUGUGGAUCGGCUGUUUUCAUUCUAUUGGAAAUCUGUUUCAGUAAUCGACAAAAGAUUGUUGCACGAGGGGAGGAAGUAGGAAGACAGGUUGGUAGGCGCCUGGCAGCUGGUUUACACCACCCAGGAGAUGGGGCUCGUAUUGCUCUCGCAGCUGAUCAGGAAGACAGUCCACUACAAUCUAAACGUUCCAGUGUUAUAUCAGCUGAUGAAUUACCUAACGGUUUUGAAGACGCUCAAUCUACUUUUAUUGAAAGAUUAGGUGCAGGCACCGACAAAUUAUUACAAGAAUUUUUCUGUUGGUGGGGAACAGUUUGUGCAUCACGUCCAUGGUUAAUCAUUUCUUUGGGAUUUAUUUUUAUCGUCAGUUUGGGACAUGGAAUAAAGUACAUGAAUGUUACUACAGAUCCAGUUGAAUUGUGGGCGUCGCCACAUUCACGCUCACGCGUUGAAAGAGCAUAUUUCGAUGAACACUUUGAACCAUUUUAUAGAACGGAACAAAUUAUUAUAAGUACUGUGGGUUUGCCUAAUAUCGUACAUAAUACAUCUAAUGGGCCAAUAACAUUUGGACCAGUAUUUAACCAAGAUGUUCUUAAAUACGUCUUUACUCUGCAAGAAAAAAUAAAGAAAAUUGUAACUCCUAGUAAUCACACUUUAAGCGACAUAUGUUUUGCACCUUUAAGAAAUGCUUUCACCGGUAAACCGACGGUAGAAGAAUGCGCUAUUCAAAGUAUAUGGGGCUAUUGGCAAAACGAUUUAGAGAAGUUUAAUACUACGACUCUUGAAGACAAUUAUACUGUCAAUUAUUUGGAUCAUUUUGUGAUGUGUUCGCAAAACCCAUACAAUCCAGAAUGUCUUGCACAAUUUGGAGGACCAGUUGAUCCUGCUAUCGCUGUCGGUGGUUUCCUUUCACCUGGACAAGACUUACACAAUGCGUCGUAUGAAAAAGCCACAGCUAUUAUUCUUACUGUUCUUGUUAACAACUAUCAUAACAAAACAAAAUUGCUACCAGCUUUAGAAUGGGAGAAAAGCUUCAUCGAACUUAUGAAAAAUGCGUCGGCAAAGAUACCAAAUUUUAUGGACAUAGCAUUUACUUCUGAAAGGUCAAUCGAAGACGAAUUAAACCGUGAAUCUCAAUCAGAUAUAUUAACUAUUCUUGUAUCUUAUAUUAUUAUGUUUGCAUAUAUUGCAAUUUCACUUGGUCAAAUUAGAACUUGUAGCCGACUUUUGAUCGAUUCGAAAAUUACACUCGGUCUUGGUGGUGUUAUAAUAGUUUUAGCAUCCGUUAUUUGUUCUGUCGGUUUAUUUGGAUUUGUGGGUGUUCCAGCAACGCUUAUCAUAAUCGAAGUAAUCCCAUUCCUUGUACUAGCUGUCGGAGUCGAUAAUAUCUUUAUUAUGGUACAAACACAUCAAAGAGAAAGUCGAAGACCGAACGAAACGGUUCCAGAACAUAUUGGUCGUAUACUUGGUCAAAUUGGACCGAGUAUGUUACUUACAAGUGUUUCUGAAAGCUGUUGUUUUUUCCUUGGUGGAUUAUCUGAUAUGCCUGCUGUUAAAGCUUUCGCUCUUUAUGCUGGUAUGGCAUUGUUGGUAGAUUUUAUUCUGCAAGUCACGUGUUUUGUUAGCUUAUUAGCUUUGGAUACAAUUAGACAAAUGAACAACAGACUCGACGUAUGCUGCUUCAUUCGUGGUUCAAAGAAAGACACAGGCGAAGAAGUUGUAGAUGGAAUUUUAUAUAAAAUAUUUAAAGUUGGAUAUGUUCCUUUAUUGUUAAAAAAAUGGGUACGCACAUCUGUAAUGUUGAUUUUCUUCGGUUGGCUUUGUACUAGCAUCGCAGUCGUACCACAUAUCGAAAUUGGCCUAGAUCAAGAACUUUCUAUGCCUGAGGAUAGUUUUGUACUGAAAUACUUUAAAUUCUUAAAUAAUUAUUUGUCGAUCGGCCUACCAAUGUAUUUUGUUGUAAAAGGUGGUUUAAACUACUCCGAUACACGACAUCAGAAUUUAAUUUGCGGUGGUCAAUAUUGUAAUAGCGAUUCGAUAUCUACCCAAAUAUUUACUGCAUCUAAACUAUCGAACAGAACAUAUAUAGCAAAACCUGCUUCAUCUUGGUUAGACGAUUACAUAGAUUGGUCUCAGUUAGCUGGUUGUUGCAAAUACUUCAAUAAAAAUGAUUCAUUCUGUCCGCAUACUGAUUUGUCCAGUCAUUGUAAUAUAUGUAACAUAACUAAUAAUGCAUAUGGUAGACCAGUACCAAUGGAUUUCCAAAGAUAUAUAUCAUUUUUCUUAGAAGAUAAUCCAGACGAAUCGUGUGCCAAGGGUGGUCAUGCUGCUUAUGGUCACGGUGUUAAUUACAUUACUGAUUCAAAUACCGGUUUAUCUACAGUGGGGGCAUCGUAUUUCAUGGCUUAUCAUACAAUUUUGAAAUCAUCUGCGGAUUAUUACGAAUCGAUGAGAGCAGCUAGAUUGGUUUCAGCUAAUAUAACGAAUAUGAUUAACGAACAUCUUGCAUCUAUGGGAGAAAACAAAACCGUAGAAGUUUUUCCCUACAGUAUCUUCUACGUUUUUUACGAGCAGUAUUUAACUAUGUGGCCGGAUACGCUAAAAAGUCUUGGGAUUUCUUUAUUAGCCAUUUUUGUUGUCACAUUUUUACUUAUGGGUUUGGAUAUUUUCUCUUCUUUGGUUGUUUUGAUAACAAUCACUAUGAUUGUGGUCAAUAUCGGAGGAUUAAUGUAUUGGUGGCAUAUUACAUUAAAUGCUGUAUCUCUAGUAAAUCUUGUGAUGGCUGUAGGAAUAGCUGUAGAAUUUUGUAGUCACUUAGUCCAUUCAUUUUCCGUAUCUGUUAAAACAACUCGAAUUGAUAGAGUAGCAGAUGCUUUAACAAAUAUGGGAAGUUCCAUAUUCAGUGGCAUAACGCUUACCAAAUUUGGUGGUAUCAUAGUUCUUGGCUUUGCUAAGAGUCAAAUAUUCCAGGUGUUUUACUUUAGAAUGUACCUGGGAAUAGUCCUGUUUGGUGCUGCGCAUGGUUUAAUAUUCUUACCAGUGUUACUUAGUUAUAUUGGCUCACCCAUGAACAAAGAGAAGCUGGCCAAUCACAAGAGAGCAAUACGAGGAAAUUUGGACAGUGUGCAAGAGACUUCUUUAAAUCAUCGCGUAAGCAAACCCAAUUCUCCUCCCACACCCACCACAACUACACCUACCUUCAGAGUGAUUGAUUUUGAGAGAUAGGCGUGAUGUCACGCCGAGGGGCCUGGAGAAUCCAACACUGCGCCAACAGGUCUAAACAUAAUUCUAGGAAUCAGACGCGUCGCAACGUCAAAUCUCCUCUUCUCCAAAACGAUAUCUGUCAACAACCAACCACUUCCUACGCCAGUGUAAA